AUGGCUGGAAUGGUUUGGACUUUCGAUGCAAUAGAAGAUUUAAUAAAUCUUCAUAAUGAUUAUCGCGUAGAAUUCGAAAAUGCUCUGAAUAUUAAACAUGCCGCGAUGGUUCACGGUUAUGAGAACUCUAGAAGGAUAAGGGUUGAAAAUCCAGAAGGAUUUUCAAUAAGAA